AUGUCGUCCUCGUUCAACACAAUCCUCAUCAUGGGUGGAACUUCCGGCAUCGGUGAGGGCAUUGCCAAACGUUACCACAAGCAAGGCAAGAAGGUUAUCAUCACUGGUCGCCGGGAGAACCUCCUUGCCGAGAUCACAAGCGCAAAUCCUGGCAUGGAGAGCUAUACCAUGGACAAUUCCAUCCUCGCAGACAUCCCUGGGCACGUCGACACUUUGUUCACCAAAUAUCCCGAUCUCGAUGCAGUUUUGAUCAACAGUGGAGCGAUGAGCGCCUCCUCCAUCAAGGACCUGUCGACUUCUUCAGACGAGCAGGUGAUCAAAGAAUUGACAGUCAAUAUGACAGCACCGUUCAUCCUAGCUCGUCACAUGAUUCCGCGCUUCCUUUCGCGCGGCACCGAGGCCACGUUUAUGAUCACAUCAUCUGGACUGGCAUUUGUGCCCAGCCCUCUGGCUCCCGUGUACAACGCAACCAAGUCGGGUGUGCACGCCUACCUUGUGACGCUGCGCCAGCAAUUGAAGGGCACCAAGGUCAACAUCAUUGAAAUCGUGCCUCCGCUCGUCUCCACGGAUUUGACGGUGGCAUUUCAAGACCAGCUCAAGGGAGCGAAAGCAUUGACGCUGCAGCAAUUCCUCGAUGAAAUAUUCGGCACGCUUGACAGCAACGAGGCCAAGGACCUGAAGGAGGUUGCUGCAGGAACCGCGGUUGAUAGGUCGAACGCAUGGAGAUCAUCCAUUGGCGAGCUUCUAAAGAACAGUGGCAUGGGUGGCUAG